ACCAUCCAAGAACAGCAGUCGAACUAUCCUUCUCAAAUUAGUGAAUAUGCAGCACAAUUUUGGAACCUGGCUGGGUGCUCUGGCCUUAAUCAUGUGGGCUCUCCUAUGCAUCGGGACGUUGACGGACGGGUACCCAGUCAAACCUGAAAACCCAGGAGAGGAUGCACCAGCGGACGAACUUGCCAAAUAUUACUCCGCCCUUAGACAUUACAUUAACCUCAUUACACGACAGAGGUAUGGCAAGAGAUCCAGUCCUGACACGCUGGACACACUGAUCUCAGAAUUGCUGAUGAAGGACAGCACGGAUACCCUCCCACAAUCCAGCAUCUUCCUGUUUCCCAUCUAACCAGAUACAAUGAUCCGUCGAACUGGUGAUGUCAACAUCCUGAUCUACCUGACCAUAUUGCCCUGAUGGUAGUAAGACCUCAACAACAUCAUCUCCGAGUCCUCUAACCCUUAACUACCCCCCCCCCCCUGUCUUUAAUGGUUUGAGUAGUGUGUGUACAACCCUAACCCCAACCUCUAUGUUAAGAUGACUCAUUGAAAUGUACAUAGUUUAUUUAAGAUUGUUAUCCGUGUAUAGUCAUCUCAAGAGAGAGUCAUAUUGAUUGUAUUGUAAAUCUGUGCUAUUAAAGAUUCAUUAUCUA